CUCUGCUUUUUAAUUUUGUCGAAAGUCGACUAGUUGCCACCAGCUUUUGAACCUACACUUCGUUUCACACGCAGAUGAAGAGGAUGUCCCCUAGUGUGAUGACGUUUUUGCUUUCUUUGUUCGUCGUGUUGACCUUCGACGAGGCCAAUUCGUCUUUACUCGACGAACGACAGAUCCGUUCGGCAGGUGGAUACUCGUCCGUCAACGUAGAAGACGUCGACGUCAGGGAAAUGGCCGACUUUGCCACCAACGCCAUAUCGCUGAGCAGCAACUUUGGACCGUCUCAUCUCGUCAGGAUCGUUAAGGCGGAGAAGCAAAUCGUGGCCGGUGCGAACUACAAAUUGACUCUUGAACUGAACAGCAUCGUAGACGGAGAUAUUGUUUGUGACGUCAUCGUUUUCGAUCAGCCUUGGACCGAUACACGUAAACUGAGCGAAUCCAGUUGCAUGGCAGUUUGCACAAGCUCAGAUGUCUAAUUUUUUUUUGUUAUUAAAUUAAUUCAACUAGUGCAGUUUAUUUGUAGCCCAUCCUUUUAAUAAACCACACCGUUACACAAAA